AUGUGUUGUUCACUCUCAGUCUCAGUCUCAAACUCAAACCAGUUGCUCAUCUUCUCUAAAAGGGCACCCACCAAUCUCGUAAUUCCCAACUACAGCACUUCUUGUCUUCGACUUGAUAAUAACAAGCCAAGUCCAAGAAGAUUAAGGGCAGUGUUAUCCAUUGAAGAAAUACCCCCCAAUGCCCUUCGCCGGAAGAUUGACCCACUGUGGAGAGGAGGGUUCAGUCUAGGGGUAGACUUGGGACUGUCUCGCUCUGGUCUUGCCCUCAGCAAAGGCUGCAUUGUUCGUCCUCUCUUGGUUUUGGAAUUGCGAGGACAAAAGCUUGAGCUUCGACUUCUUGAAAUUGCAGAAAACGAGGAGGUGGAUGAAUUCAUAAUUGGGCUUCCAAGAUCUUGGGAUGGUAAGGAAACCCCACAAUCCAACAAAGUUCGUAGUGUUGCUGGAAGGUUUGCUGUUCUUGCUGCUGACAGUUUUAAGAAAAAUUCAGGGGUUGGAGAGUGUACCUACAAGAUGAACAUGGCACAUCAACAGAAGCCACUGACCACUAGGGAUGGUGCUUCACAAUGCCUUAUUCUGCAUGUUUUGUUGAUGCUGCGUCUUACCUUGCAUAAAUACAGGGGCCUCGGCAAGUCUACUCGGCAAAAGAAAGUUGAUGCCAAUGCUGCUGUGAUGGUUUUAGAGAGAUAUUUUGCGACGUUCGGUGAGGGAACUGAGCUUGUGCUACCCAAACAAUUAGAUCUACAAGAUAAACUUCAAAGAGGUCCACGAAUGGACAUUGAUUUUUAUCCAGAAUAG